AUGGAAGUCGAAAAACAGGAGCGUACACCCGCCUUAGCCAGCCUACCACCAGAGAUUAUAUCCAUGAUAGCAAGCUAUCUCCCACCGGCUGAUGUGGCCUGCAUUGCCCUAUGUAACCAUGCAACUCUUUGCAGGCUUGGUUACAGGGUGUGGGACACAUUGGAUGCGUUUCCCAGUGACCGGAAAGUGUUUCUAAACCGACUGGCGGCUGACCUCCCGCCGUUCUAUUUCUGUCACAUUUGCUCCAUCCUUCAUCCUAGGGACUGCCUUGAUCCUCCUGGGCCAACAUUCUCUUCCAAACGUCCACUUAAUUUUCAUGAGGGCACGGUCAGCUCCCUCCGCCCAUUCCUCGUGCAUCCGCGGUUUCACUCUCUUUAUUCUUUCUACCACUACCAUUUGCAGCUCGCUAUGAAGAGGCACUAUUAUGGACCAGAGCACGGUAUCUCGACGGAUUCUCUGUGCUUUACUGAAGUUCAUAUCGAAAAGGAGACCUCUACCACCUCCUUGUUAUCCGUUGAAGCCCGGGUCUGCUCGGGUCCCUGCCUAUGCCUGCGGAUUCAAACGUGGGCCGCAGUAGAGGCCCGGAGCGUAGACAGGCUCAUUCUCAAUAUCGAUUUUGUAUAUCUCUGUGACAAUGUUAGAAUGGGACGCCAAAACCCAACAAUGCCGUCAUUGGUGGAGGUAAGGGCUCUUGACAGAAACAGGCUGGCACUAGUAACUACUAAAUGGAUAAAUCUUGGAGCCGGUCUUGACCCUGAUGAUAUCCGUUGGAAGAAGAACAGCGAGAGACAGUGUUCCCUCGACUCAGAUGCUGUACUCCUUGUACCACUGGAAGCUUAG